GCAUUUAUUUCUGCUCCGCAUGCGGAGUCGACGUCGGUCUUAACAUAACCUCAAAAAUAUGCGACGGCCUCGCGUUUGACCACUUAAAAAACGUUGAUUAUUGCGUUAAUAAAGUUAUAACAUGCCAUGUAAUUAGUUUUCAAGUGUAAAUCGAAAACAAAUUUAUAAUCGUUAUUGGUUGUCAAAAGGUAUUCUAAAAAAUAAGUAAGAAUGUUACCUUACGAAAUUUUGGUCGGUCUUAGAGGAUCCAUGCAAACGUCUGCUCGUGGCCUCAUUAGGCAACAAAGGUUAUUAAGACAACCUAAUAUAGAUGUACAUAGUUUAUAUAAUUUUUCUACGCAUAUAAAAUGUAACUCACGAUUAGUUUAUAAGGACAUAAAUGUAAACAAUAUCAAAAGAUUUCAUACACAACUGUUAGCUAACUGUCAAGCUGGUUUAAAGGAUUCAAAACCAACAGAUUUUGAAGAUGCAUCACAACAAGAGACAGAUCCGUUCAAUAAUCUCAUUGAUUCAGUUGGAAGAAAGCAAACGUUAGAGUCAGAAUCGAGUCAAGAUGGAAAUAUGCUAAGAAUUCCUGAACAGAUUAAAAAAUGGUUAUUUUCCGAUCUUGAAAAAGCUCCAGCAAAAGAGAUUGAAAGAAGGUUUCCAGAACCUAAAGUAUUUCUUCACAAUUUGUUUGCUGUUGUUUCAAAUGAAACUAACAUACAACAUUGCUUAACUUCAACUAACAAACAUGCUGAUCUAAAAAAGAAACAAGGAUGGAUGUUUACUUAUCAAAUUCAGUGGCCUGAAAAAAUGUCCUUUUCAGCAAAAGGCAAUUCAAAAGCAUCAGCGUCAUUAUCGGCGGCUUUAAAAACUUUAUAUUGGUUACAUAUAAACGGAAGAAUAAAAGGUCGGUUCCCCGUUGUUUAUCAAAAACAAGAAACGCUUUCACUUUUGAAUAUGCCUGAGGAAUUCAACAUAGAAGAAAAAGUAUUAGGCAAAAUUGGCGAUUUUUUAACUAAAUAUGAAACACAAAUAGUCAAUGCUGUAACAAAAAGUGCAAACCAGGAUACAGAAAAGUUUGUGACCGACAAACCUUCAUCGGAUAGACAUCCGAUUUCGAAUAAUUAUGUAGAUGUUGACAAAAGAAACGAAAUUUUGCUAAACCGAUUAAAUAAUCGAAGGAUGCUAACAAAUCCUGAACUUCCGAUCGUUCAAUUCAAAGAUCAAAUAUUGAAGGAAUUGGAUGAAAAUCAAGCUGUAGUAAUAAAAGGAGACACGGGUUGUGGUAAGACGACGCAAGUGCCACAGUUUAUAAUGGAUUAUUUUACUGAAAAAGGACAAGCUGCCAAUUGCAGUAUGGUCGUUACACAGCCACGUAGAAUUUCGGCUAUAUCUUUGGCCCAACGCAUCGCUUAUGAGCGAGGUGAAUCUGUAGGAGAUGUCGUUGGUUACCAGGUACGACUUCAACAAGUCUUGCCCAGGCAGAAAGGUGCGAUUCUUUUCUGUACUACUGGUAUUCUCUUGAAAAAAUUACAAACCAAUCUUAAGUUGGAAGGUUGUUCGCACAUAAUAGUUGACGAAGCUCAUGAGCGCAGCGUCGACACCGACAUGUUGCUAGUUUUGUUAAGGCGUGCAAUGCAAAUUAAUCCUUCGUUGAAAGUUGUUAUAAUGUCCGCAACGAUAAAUGCGGAUUUGUUCCAAGAAUAUUUAGGCUGUAAUGCAGUAGACGUUCCAGGAAGAUUGUACCCCGUGAAAAUGCACUUCAUGGACGAAAUAAGUCAAUUUAUCCCACCGUCGCAAAGAAGAUUGACUGACGAUGAAAAUAAUGGACCUGUGGUAAAUACCGAUCAAAUUACAGAUUUAAUAAGAUGGAUAUCGGAAAAUAAGCCGCCCGGAAGUAUAUUGUGCUUUUUACCCGGAUGGUCCCACAUUUUAAGGAUUCAAAACAAUUUAGAAGAAUAUUCCACUUCUAAUCAGCUUGUGAUACCAUUGCAUUCGAAAAUACCAUAUGCAAUUCAAAGUAAAAUUUUCGAUCCUCCUCCAGAAGGAGUGAGAAAAAUUAUUCUGGCUACGGAUAUUGCUGAAACUGGAAUCACGGUGCCUGAUGUAGUUUACGUUAUUGAUUCUGCUUGUCACAAAGAAGUAAGAUGGCACGAAAAUAAAGGAUUGUCCUCAAUAGACACGCAUUGGAUUUCUAAGGCGAAUAUGAAUCAAAGAAAAGGCAGAGCUGGAAGAGUGCAGGAAGGAGAAAGUUUUCAUUUCAUCACAAAGAAGCAAUAUGAAGAGUUAGAUCCAUAUCCUAUUCCCGAAGUUCUUCGGGUUUCACUUGAAAAAACAGUUCUUGACGGUAAAACUUACAGCAAUGAAAAAGCUGAAAAUUUCCUUGGAAGUAUGCCGCAGCCUCCAAGAAUAUCUGCUGUAAAGAAAGCUGUAAACGAUUUACAAGAAUUAGGUGCUCUGGACGAGAAUCAAGACCUUACUGCACUGGGAAAACGAAUCGCUAUGUUCACUAUUCAUCCAAAACUGAGUAAAGCUAUGGUUUAUUCAGCAGUCUUUCAGUGUAUGAGCCCUGUGACAACAGUAUCAGCUGCUCUUUCUCUUGAUUCCGAAAUAUUUUACGGAACUUUAGAUAAUAAAAGUCGCAUCAGAGAAACAAAAAAGCGUUUUCAUCCAACAAGUGAUCAUCUUGCAAUUGCAUGGAUUUAUAACCAAUGGCUUGAUAUUAACCGAAAAAAUGGAUCUCAGAAUGCAUACCAGUUCAGCAGAAGAAAUGGUCUCCAUGCUGAAAGAAUGAAUAUUUUACACAAGGUACGAGAUAUAAACUUAGAACAUCUUCGCGAAUCGGGUAUGAUAGUAAAUGUGCAAGAGGCGUCAGAUCUGAAUUGUGAAGAAAACCAGUUCGCUAUUCUAGACGAACUAGUGCGCGGUAUUUUACUAUCUGGAAUGGAUCAAAUAUUAAAGCAUAGAAACUUUGAAAUAAGAAAGGGGCGCUUUACAAAGUCUGGUACUUCUAUGGUUACAGAAGAUAAUGCCAAAGCACAACUUACGCCAGAAUGUGUGAAUCAUAAGAGGACGUCAUGGCCGAGUCCAUUUUUAAUAUAUUAUCAAAAAACUCAUCACCAUGAAAGACGUACAACUUUAAUACGUGAAAGUAGCAUGAUUUCACCAAUUACAGUUUUGCUGUUUAGCCAGGGGCGGGUUACUGGUUCAAUGCAUAACGAUAAAGAUACCGGUGCAGAAAGAGUAUUAUUGAAAAUCCAUGGAAAGGAGAACGUUCACCUAAUGUGUGACGAAGCCACUGCACAAACGAUCUUACGUUUCCGUGACCUCAUGUGGUUAAUUGUUCGUUAUUACGUUGAAAGGAACGUAACUACUAAGGGAUUAUAUUAUUCGGACCUGACAUCUCCAGAUGACUUAGCCGAGGUUAAAAGGAAAAUGCUUGAAGUACUAGCAUUAUUGUUAAGUUCUUCAUCAAAUUCAAUAGACGAAGUAAUAGAUACACCUACGAAUAAUAAUUUUGCGAAAAAUGAUUUUGGAAAUAAUAAUUUUUCAAAUAGUGGUUUUUCGCAUUUAAAUCGACCGGAUGAUGGUCGUUAUAGAUAAUGUAUUUUUUAAAUGAUAUUGUGUAAAUAUAUUUCAUAUUAUGUACAAAA